AUGGAGAUGCAAGAGAUUGAUGUCCUAAUAGUGGGCGGUGGUCCAACCGGGGUCACAUUAGCUUUGGAGUUGGCAGUUCAUAAAAUACCGUUCCGUGUUGUCGACAAGGAAAUACAGAGAUCAGACAAGUCUAGAGCCCUAGGUAUCCAGCCACGUACUUUAGAGCUUCUCAAUCGACACGGUGAUGUACGGAAACUUGUAUCGAAAGGAAACUUAAGUAGUGGCACUACGUUCUAUCUUAACGGAAAGAAAGCGGCGGAUAUCGAUUUAACAGGUCUUGUGGAAGACUCGGUAUUCCCGCUGAUCCUAAUCAUUUCUCAGUGCGAAACGGAAGCGUACUUGGACGAAUGCCUUGCAAAGCAUGGUUUCGCGGUCGAGAAAGGUCUUGAAGCGACGUCGAUAGUUCAAGAUCCGGAUGGUGUUACCGUGAAACUGAGUAACUCAAGCGGUGUUGAAGAGACCGUUCGCGCAAAAUACGUGGUGGGUGCUGACGGAGCCCAUAGCAGCGUGAGACGUGCUGCAACUGGACUCACUUUCCAAGGGGCAGCCUACCCGCAGGACUUCAUCCUUUGCGAUGCCCACGUAAGGAAUUCUAAGCUAGCCUGGAACAGGUUCUCUCUUUGUAUGGGCAGAGGGUCACUCGCCGUGUUCCCGCUAAAAGACGGUACAUGUCGAGUUGUAGCAUCCCGCAUGAAUCCCAAUCCGGAUGUCGAGCCAAAGCUAGAGGACUUUCAAGAGAUGUUGAAUCAGCUUCACCCGGAAGCGGGCGAAUUAUACGACCCUACUUGGAUCACUAAGUUCCACCUACACCACAGGGGCGUGAAUAGCUACCGCGAUGGCCGUCUGUUCGUCGCAGGUGACGCGGCGCAUAUCCACUCCCCCGCUGGAGCUCAGGGCAUGAAUACCGGCAUACAAGAUUCAAUAAACCUGGGGUGGAAGUUAGCAAAAGUAAUACGAGGCAAGAAACCAGAUUCGUUCCUUGACAGUUACGACCGCGAACGUCGUCCAGUCGGCCAGCAUCUGCUCGAAACAUCUGAUAAGAUGUUCACCUGGGGGUGUUCCUCCAACCCAUUCUUCAUCUCUUUUCGUAACAUUAUAUUCACAUGGGGUUUGCCCUGGUUCGUCAGCAGUCGGGACCGUCGUGCCAACAUCUUCAAGUUCAUAUCCGAAUUUAGCAUUAACUACAGGGACAGUUCUGUGGUGGGUACGGUACCUGGAUACUCGGGGCCGGUGAUGGGAGGUGAUCGUGUUCCGGACAGGAUAAUUAAGAGUAUGGGUCAGGAGAGACAGUUCUUAGAGCUUAUCACUCCAGACACUCACCACCUAGUAUUAUUCUCCGGAGUCGGCAGUGAUGCCGUUACCGAAGAAUCCAUGCGAGAAGCAUUAGCCAAUUUUGAGAGUAAAAACGCGGACGAGGCCAAGAUUCACAUGAUAUUUGACGAGGCGGUUGAUGGAAGUGAUGGAGCUGGUAGGCCUAGACAUGUUGAUGUUGGAAAUCACCUGCAUAAGGAAUUUGGCUGUUCCAAGCCUGCUUAUGUCUAUAUUCGACCGGACAGUUACGUCGAGCAUAUUGGUCUUUUGUCAGAGUUCAAGGCGCUUUUGGAAUGGCUGGGGUGA